AUGUCUUCAAAGUUGAACCUUCAAACCCAAGAUCAACUAGCUCGUACACAUGGUAAACAAUCAAAUAGGAAGGCGAAGGACCGCGGGGAGCGAAGACCGGUUUUCAAAAGUGUUCUGUCUAAUCCGUUUGAGGUGAAAUGGCCUAUAAUCGCUCCGAAUCUACAAAAUGCGAUCUUGGCUCGAGUGAUUGAACUGAUGCAGGGCCUUGCGGAGUAUAAUCACAGCAGGCAAAAACAAAGUCGCACGACGAAAAGACAACGGCGAGCACAGAAAAAAUUGAAGCGCUCCGAACUGAAUGUUCCAGAUCAAGUGGACUCAGAUGCAGCGCAUCAAAAGCAGCAGCAACAGGGGAUCGAUGAUGAUAUUCACUCAGGUCCGUCGACAGAGACGGAGACGAAGAUGGCGUCUGCCCCCCCACCUGCCCCCGAGGUACCCGUUCCCACCCCGGAAGCUUUUCGAAGAAUCACAGUUGGUAUCAAUGCUGUUACGAAGCAACUGGAGCAGCAGUGCCGAAUACCGCGUCUGCACAUCUCUCCGUCUCCCUCCAGCGUGAAUCCAGACGUUUCAAAGCAUAAUGACGACAAUGUCGGAGACGAGAGGGCGGGUGAUGAUAUGACAGCGCCAGGUACGGGCGCACCGUCGCGCGAGCAGCGACCGAACGCGCCCAUCCGUACUGUUCUCGUUUGCCGCCCAGAUAUCGAUCCGCCACUUCUCGUAUCACACCUCCCUUAUCUUGUCGCGGCAUUCAACAGUGCCACCAAAGAUCCGGGCAGAUGGAUCAAACUCAUCUCGCUCCCGAAGGGUACGGAAAGCACCUUAUCUCAAGCAUUGGGUCUUCGGCGUGUAGCAGUCCUAGCUCUUGAUGAAUCAUUAUCCAGUGACGUUUCAUUGACAUCUCUGCUAUCCUCUGUGGACGCCGUUGUAGCACCUUGGCUCGCCGGCGUUGCAGAUUUGCCUAUGUCCAGCAAUGCGUCAAACUCCAAAAGUAUCCUACCGAGACGUAUUGACGUGCUGCGUGGGCGCUUAGAGCCGACUCAUAUCAAACAGCUGCGUACUACUGCGCCGAAGGACAUGCGGGCUGCGAAAGCACUGCGUGCCAAGGGCCGAGCGGAGGCGAAGGCGAAGCGGAGGGCAAGAGAGGGCACGAAGAAAUUACCAGAGAAGACCGGAAACAGAGCUUCAUGAUUGAUUACUCUUCAUCUUUCUUACGAGCUAAUGUUUAUUAACCCACGUUUCCUGCAAGUGUUCAUAUUGUCCAAAAUGAAAGUC